GUCCCUUGAGCUUAGUGCAAAACAAGUGACACCGCGAAUGUUGUCAACGUCGCUAUCUGCGCAAUCGGGAGGCCAAGGCGCUUCCUUGCAUUCAGCGCGUCAACCUACCGCGUUGACGCCUGUGGUCACUCGAAAGGAUGGGCGACAGCUAGCACUGUUGGGGCCGCUGAAGCUUCCACGGCAGACAUAUAGAAUGACGCAAAGGAAAGUGCAAGCUGUCCCCAGCAGAACCGCAAGAAGGAGC